UCUCCCAAAGUGCUCCUCUGUGCUCCAUGGGACCGUCCACGGUGGCUUCUUCAAAAACGCUUUCCAAACACCCCAUCAAAACGCUGCUCUCAGAAUGGCUACAGACGGCCCCUCGCUUGAGAGCCUGUCCGCCACGCUGAGCAGAGUGGAGCUGAAGUUUGAGUCAAUAAAUAUUCAGUUUGAGGAGCUGGAUGAAACAGCAGCAAGGCUCUCUGACCGGCUGGAGAAACACAGGAACACCUUAGACCAGCAAGUCCACGAGGACCAGGUGUGGGUGUCUCUGCUGGAGGACCAGUUAAGCACCUUGGAGACGAACCUCUUCGUGACCUACGCAAUGGACACUCUUCGCCGCUGCCACUCAGUGGUCUUGGGGAAGCUUCCAGACCUGGCCCCAAGCCUGCCCACGGUCGCCUCGGUCUUACACAGGAAGGCCAGGAAUCGGCAGGUCCGGCUGGCUUGGGAGUCUGCUCUCCAGGACCUGGGGCUGAGCAGCACCGACAUCACGGCCUUGUGCACCCUUUUCGUCAUGCAUGGUUGCCGAGCCGAGUAUUUUGGGCCAGCCCAGAGGCAGCAUUACGUAGGGAAGGUGGAGGUGCUCAUACGGAGAGUAGUGACUAACCCAGCUCUGAGAGACGGUUUGCUGAGGGCAGUGCAGGUGGUGGAGGUGGGAAGUGCUGGCACCGUGAUGAGUGAAGCUCUCGAGCAAUGACACCAAGGCCCCUAAUCUCGAUAACAGGACGGUGGGAAAUGUUCUGGAAAAUUUGAGAAUAAAACAAAAAUAAAUAUUUAAAUGUUGAAAUUCUUAAUAAA